GCGUCCAUGGCGCUGUGCACCAGCACGUGGCUGCCGGCCAACGGCAUCCUCUCCCUGGACGGCCAGUCGGACGAUGCCAUCCUGACGCUGGACAACGACGCUCUGUUCCAGGCGCCGUGCCCGACGGCCACGAUCCCGACCGUCUCCGUUGCCGUCAGCGACCCUCAAACCACCACCAGCGACGGCUCGAGCCUGGAUCUGCAGGACCUGGGCGAUGGCGAUGACGACAACAGCCCACACUUUUCCGAUUUCCGAGACCCCUUUUACGCCUCGAGCUUUCCCAUCUGCUACGCCCUUGCGGCCACCACCGUCACCGCCUACAUGCUCGUUAUUAUGCUCUUCAUUACGCCACGGUCCUUUUUCGACAGCGGCGUUGUCUAUCUUGGUCGGCCUGGCGGCUUCACCAACAGCUCCUCGGGAGGCGUCAAUAUUGGUGGGCGGCCAUGGCUUCAGAAACUGGCGGCCUUGACGGUCGCGAUAUCUCUAACGAUAGCCACAGCAGACACAUUCCGAAUCGCAAAAAUCCAGUACAUAUGGGGCGUUCAGAACGCCAAGGUGCUGCAGAACGAGGUCAUGGGGAGCACCGAGCUCAAGGCUAUCCGCAUUGUGUCCGACACAUUUCUCUGGCUUGCACAGGCGCAGACGCUGAUCCGUCUGUUCCCACGCCAUCGCGAGAAAAUUAUCAUCAUGUGGGCGGCCUUCUUCCUCAUCAGCCUCGAUGUCAUCUUUAGCGCCCUCAACAGCUUUUUGUACUCCGACCCGGACAGUAUUGGCAAUUCCAUGCCCAAGAGUUUUGCCCACCCCAUCCCGGCGCUGAGUUACCUAUUCCAGCUGGCGCUGGGGGUGCUGUAUGCCGCGUGGGUUGUGUAUUACGCAAUUAUGAAGAAGAGAUAUGCCUUCUACCACCCUCUGAUGAAGAACAUGGUUCUGGUGGCCAGCAUCUCGCUGGGCGCCAUCCUGAUACCGGUCGUCUUUUUUAUACUCGAUAUUUCGAAGCCAGAGUUUACUGGCUGGGGAGACUAUGUGCGGUGGGUUGGUGCGGCGGCGGCCAGUGUGGUGGUGUGGGAAUGGGUGGAACGAAUCGAAGCACUGGAACGCGAAGAGAAGAAGGACGGAAUCCUGGGAAGAGAAGUGUUUGAUGGAGAUGACACGCUGGAAGUUAACGCGUCAGAGCUCCCAUGGUCUCGAAAGCGAAAAGGAUACAAAGUGGGCGGAGGAGAUGAUGGUAGAGGAGUGAUGGUUUCCGAGAGGGAGCAAAGACCACGAGAAGGCAACGGCUGGCCUGGUGUACCGGUCAUUAGCAGUCGACAUCGUGAACGAGAGCGCAGCAAUGUGCAAAGCCAUGAUAACAACGAAACUGGCGGGACGGCAGGGGAGAGAACAUCGGGACAUAUCUUGAGACCGCCGGUGUGGCUCACGCGACCUGCCCCAGCCGUAACGCCGGCCAGCAGGACAGAUACCACCAGUGCUGCCAGCAGUACCGUUUACGCCGUGAGGUACCAGGGAGGCUCUGAUGGUCUGCCGAGAGCAGGUGACUGGGGGGCGGCAGCUCAGAUUCAGCCCACGAGAGACGCCUCAAGGCCAGUGGAAGAUGGGUUAUCGACAACCCAGUCGCCUACUUCCAUCUCUCCUGGGGAUUCCCCAUCUGGUCACAUUUCGAUACGGGAGCCGCCAAGGCCGGCGGAUCUGCAGCCAAAUUCUAGCUCAGGCGGCGGCCGUUGGCAGGCACUGCUGCGACGUGGAGGCAGUGGCCAAACCUCAUCGUCACUGCCAUCGCCUAGAGGACUGCCAGAUGCCCGGUCAACCUUGAACACCCGAAUCGAUACCAACCGGUGGGAUAUCCGAAGCAGGCUGGAGGAAUUUGCUGUGAGCCAAGCAGAAAGGAUCCGGGAAAGGCUCCGGCCCACAACAGACACGGAAAAUCUCCCCGUGACGGUAAUACCGGCGCCAGCACGACGAGGCGCCGCGCUGCAGCAGGUUCUUGAGGAGGAAGGUGAAGAACUGAGCAGCUCGGCGGCGUCGGCUAUACGGCGUGCGCGGGGGUCCAGCAGCAGC